AGACAUGCUUUUGAUCUGACGUCCAGGCGUCUGCGCUGCUAAAGUCUAAACGUGUCCUGCUCUGGAAGACAGCAUGAAGAGCUUCACCAUCAGCCGCUUCCAGCUGACUGCCAUGACAACAGGUUUGGUUCUGCUCUGUCUGGGAGGUUCAGGUCUGGAACUCAAUCCCAGCGUUCCAGAGGUAAUUCUCUCCAUCAACUCGUCCUUCACCAUCACCUGCUCCGGCUGGAGGAACGUCUCCUGGCACUACAAGCGGGAGGAGAAUGUUCCGGCGUUUCACACCGAGGCGCGAAGUCCCACCUCCAGUGUUCUGAGUCUGGAGCAUGUGACGUGGACACACACCGGGGUUUAUGUGUGCUCUGAAAACGGGACAAAUGAGACCAGAGAGGUGGCUGUGUUUGUGCCUGAUCCGGAGGUGUGGUUCCUCAACAACGAUCACAACAUGGUGACUAAGACGCGAGAGGAAAGCACGAUCCCCUGUCUGGUGACGGACCCGUCGAUAAACGUCACGCUGUACGAGAGAGACACAGAGAUAGUGGUGGAGGGCUCGUACAACCCCAGUGUGGGCUACACCGCUGCCCUGGACGACAGAAACUACAUAUGCAGAGGAGAGCUGAACGGCCUGGAGAAAGAGUCCAUCCCGUUCUACGUCUUCAGUAUAUUUGCUCCCGAGGCUCUGGAUCCCUACAUCAACGCCUCCAAAACGGUCCUGAAACAGGGUGAGACGCUGAACGUUAACUGUACCGUUCACGGCGUGCAACUCGUCUUCUUCAAAUGGGACUUUCCCAACCAAGACGAGGACGACAUUGAGCCCUUGACUGACGUCCUGUCGUCCAUGAGCAUGCGGUCCUGCCUCAACAUCACGAAGGUCUCGCUGGCCAGAUCAGGACAGUAUGUUUGUCAUGUGCAUGAGGGUGUGGGGGAACACACAGCUUCAGCCAGUAUUGACAUCACCGUUCUGGAAAGAGGUUUCGUGGCUCUUACUUCACAUCUGGACAGGAACGUCUCGGCGCACCUGGGAGAAAACGUGGAGUUAAAGGUUGAGAUCGAGGCGUAUCCCAAACCCAUCGUUCGCUGGUCUAAAGAAGGCACUGUUAUUCGAGGACACAACACGAGACAGGAACAGGAGACCCGGUUUGUCAGCACUUUGACCCUGGUCAGGAUCCGACUGGAGCAGAUGGGUCUCUACACUGUUAGCAUCCAAAAUGAAGAUGACAUUAAAGAGAUGACCUUUGACCUAGAGGUGAAAGUUCGUCCUCAGAUCACUGAACUCUCCGACCAUCACCUGCCUGGAAAGAAGCACGCGGUCACCUGUGUGGCGGAGGGGGUGCCGUCUCCCAGCAUUCAGUGGUUCAGCUGUGACAGCAUGACCAAGUGCAGUAACAGAAGUGCUGUGUGGAGCCCCCUGGUGGAGGAUCCCGAGAGUGUCUCCAUCCAGACUAAUGUCACCUACAACAACACACGCAGGAUCCACCAAGCGCACAGUCAGGUGACCCUCCUCCGGCCACAGCUGGUCACCAUCCGCUGUGAGGCCAGCAAUGAGAGAGGAGCUCGAGCCAGAGACAUCAGACUGGUCAACAACACGUUGUUUUCCCAGGUGGCAGUUCUGGCCGCUGUCUUAGCACUGGUGGUCAUCGUCAUCAUCUCCAUCAUCAUCCUCGUCGCUGUGUGGAGGAAGAAGCCACGGUAUGAAAUCAGGUGGAAGGUCAUUGAAUCGGUCAGUUUAGAUGGACACGAGUACAUCUACGUUGACCCCAUUCACCUGCCCUAUGACCUGGCCUGGGAGAUGCCACGGGACAGUCUGGUUCUGGGUCGUACGUUGGGAUCUGGAGCGUUUGGGCGUGUUGUCGAGGCGACGGCGCAUGGCCUCAGCCGUUCCCAAACCACCACUAAAGUGGCAGUGAAAAUGCUCAAAUCGACCGCACGGAGAAGCGAGACACAAGCUCUGAUGUCUGAACUCAAGAUCAUGAGUCACUUGGGUCCUCACCUGAACAUCGUCAACCUGCUGGGCGCCUGCACCAAACAAGGUCCAUUAUACCUGGUGACAGAAUACUGUCGCUAUGGCGAUCUGGUGGACUACCUGCACAGGAACAAGCACAGCUUCCUCCAGUCCUACGCCGACAAGAACCACAUCACCAACGGCAGCCUGAUCUGUAACGAUAGUGACGUGCCAACCGGGAAAGAAUAUGUGUCGUUCGGCAGCGAGUGUGAUGGAGGAUAUAUGGACAUGACUAAAGACGAGCAGAUGGAGUAUGUGCCGAUGCAGGAGCUCGCAGACUCUAUCAAGUAUGCAGAUAUACAGCCAUCACCCUACGAGUCCCCAUACCAGCAGGACAUCUACCAGGAGCAAGGUCACAGGGUGGAUCAUUCUCUGGUCAUCAGCGAUUCUCCGGUUCUGAGCUACGGUGACCUUGUUGGUUUUAGUUACCAGGUGGCCAAAGGCAUGGAGUUCCUGGCCUCAAAGAACUGUGUCCAUCGAGAUCUGGCAGCAAGAAAUGUUUUGAUCUGUGAGGGCAAACUGGCCAAGAUCUGUGACUUUGGACUGGCCAGAGACAUCAUGCACGACAACAACUACAUCUCCAAAGGCAGCACGUUUCUUCCUCUGAAGUGGAUGGCGCCGGAGAGCAUCUUUCAUAACCUGUACACCACUCUGAGUGACGUCUGGUCUUACGGCAUCUUACUGUGGGAGAUUUUCACUCUGGGAGGAACCCCGUAUCCAGACCUGCCGAUGAACGAGUUGUUUUACAGCGCUCUGAAGAGAGGUUUCCGCAUGGCCAAACCCUCAUACGCCAACGAGGACAUUUAUGAGGUCAUGAGGAAAUGUUGGGAUGAGAAGUUCGAGAAGCGUCCAGAGUUCUCCUUUCUGGUGCACACGAUGGGGAACAUGCUCUCAGACGGAUAUAAAAAGAAAUACUCUCAGGUGAGCGACAGCUUUCUGAAGAGCGAUCACCCUGCGGUGGCUCGUGUGAAGCCGCUGGUCCCCUCUCCGUUCCCGGGUGCCUUCUCUCUUGAGUCUCCCACCUCAGAUGAAACCCCAAACCCGAGCCCGCGCCCGCAGGCCGACGGAGAGGCUCCACACAACGAGUACAUCAUCCCCAUCCCCGACCCCAAGCCAGAGGAGGAGCCCCAGUACGAGCCUGUGCUGACGGAAACCCCCUCGAGCUCUUUAAGUUCUGAUGAUGAGACGGUCUCCAUGGAAACCCCGAGUACUGAACCCGAGCGAGAGGAACUCCUGCCGGAACAUUCUGGAAGUCCAGAAGUGGAGGAGAGCUUCCUGUGACACAUUCCUACUUCCUGUCACAUGAAGUAAUUUUAAUGUACAUUUUGAGCAGAUUUUUUUACAAAUUGUAUGCAUCAAUUCAAAAGAAAUGUUCAUAAAUACAUCAGAAUGAUAUGCUAGAUUUCCUCGUGUGCUUUUAAAGGACCGUCUGUGAAGGUUGAGGCUUGAACCAGAUCAGUUUUUCAU